AGCUAUGAGAUCAGACUUCAGAAAACUCCACCUCACAAUCUUGAGCCACAAACACAUCUUUUAGGAGGGAAUCCUAUCCCACAAUGAACUGACCUCAAAAAGCUUUAGUUAAUAAGAAGAAACACUGAAGCCUCCAGAACACGGCAGAGAAACUCAAUCUGAGGGGAGCUCUGAGAAUCAUUCAGUUGUUAGUCCUGGACACUGCUUCUGUCCUGGGAAUGAUGCUAGUGUGGAGUUUUAAGAUCAUGAAGGAAAGGAAACUCCUCUGGGCAACCUUCUACAUUUUGUGCCUGUUGGAAAAUCCAGUCUCUGGUGAUGAAACUAAUUCAACUAAUUCUCCAAAUACUACCAUUGCUGAGAGGUUGACGACAAUCAUUGCUCCUAGCUCUGCUUCUAAUAUUACCUCUUUAAACUCUACUGCUCCAUCAUUAGAAGAGACAUCAAGUAAUGUUACCAAGCCAGAGACAUUUGUGCCCAGCACAUCCACAACAAACUUAACUUCACCAAAUACAACAGCUAAGUCAUUUACUACACAGGGGAAUGCAAUAGUGACUACUAACAAUGAGACAACGACUCAUAAUUUAAGCUCAACAUCACUUCUAACACAUGGUCCUACUGAGCCAACAACAUAUAAUUCCACCAUCUUUCUUAUUACAUCCAUGACUGAGAACAACAAUGUGAUGUUCAACAUCACAUGUGUGAAAAUCAAGCAGAUGCUUCCUGCCACUGAAGUGGUAUGCUUGGAACUCCAUGAAGCCCAAUCCUGUGAAAACUUUAAAAGAAACAAGGGGGAGGGAUUGAGCAAAUUAGUUUGCAAAAAAAAAGAAGUACCAUGUCUUAUUGAACUGGCUGACUCUGAUGUGAAUCACCAAUGCAUGUUGUUGCUUGCAGUUAACAAUACAGAAAAUAUAGGUGCAGAAGCAUUGUAUGGCUUUCUGGAUGACAAGCAACCUGAUUUGAAAGUGCUUGGGAUAAAAUCUCACAAACAGGAACGCACUGAGAUUCACCAGGUCCAUUCUCGGAGAACCCUUAUUGCCUUGGUCACCAUCGGCCUGCUGUUGGCAUUUUUGGGAUUGGCUGGAUAUUAUCUUAUGAAACGACGAAGCUGGAGUCCCAUGGGAGAAAGGCUGGGUGAAGAUCCUUAUUACAUCGAAAAUGAUAGCCACGGCAAUCCUGAGAUCCCUGUAGCCUCUCAAGAACAAUCAGGCCUGCAGGAUAAACCAAAUCUCAAUGGAGGGGCUCGGGAAAAUGGGACUGGCCAGCCAUCCUCGAAAAAUGGACACCAAACGAAGCCCCAGGUUGUGGCUGACACAGAACUGUGAAAAUACUCUGACCUUUUUAAUGCAGCUGGAAAAGCUCAACUGCACUUACAGCGGAGCUAGAACCAAAAAUUCCUAAAUGAAAUCGUAAUACCUUUUUAAAAAAAAAAAGCUUUACCAUCUUAUACUAAAACAUUUUUCAAGGGCUGACGCAGCAGCAUUUGUGUAUGAACACUGUAAAAUUAGCAAACUGCUUCAAUGGGAUUGGGUAUGUUUUUAAUAAACGUGGAGUUUGAGGCUUUUUUAUUUUUUCUAUUUUUAGAUGUCAUAUCCUUCACAACUGUUCAUCCAGGGAGACACAAGGCAUGUUUUCUAGAAAUUAAAGAUUUUUCACUGUUUGAGAGUUGUUUAAUAUCUAUCUGAUGCUGUUUAGAGUAAGAAAGGACAUGUUCCCCUUUUAAAAAUGUAAUUUUAAUUUAAUUUUAAAAUAUAACAGAGAUAUAACAUCUAGGGCUUCAGAGUAGUAUGCAGCUGAAAGUCCCUAGACUUUGGUAGAGUAUCACCACCCAUCCUCAUCUCCAACUAAGACUGUCAUUACUGCCUUUCUGCAUUUGUGCUGUGCUGCAAUUUGUAUAUAACAUAAACUGAUUGUAACUCAUCAGAAGCCUUUUGAAAUAUGGCUGAAGCAGUUCUUAACACAAAAUAAACUCUUCACUAGCUUUGCUUACUUCAAAAGAACUGAGUACCUUUUCCCUUUAAAGGCAAUAGGAAAUAUUAGGAGACAUCUUUUGUAACAUGAAAGUGCAGUAUAGUGGGCAAUUGGCCUAAAUCUCACAUGUUCGGUCUCCUUCAAACUUUGUUUUCAUUGUCCAUCCACUGUACAUAAGAACAAGCAAACAACUCUUUUUCCUACAUAGCAUUUUCUAGAUGCUUUGGGACUGUUACUAUCAGAAUUCACAGCAAGUAUAUCCUUUGAAUUCCAAAAGUCACUGAUAUUUUUUUAAAUUAAAGGAAAUAAGUCUGAAAUGUUAUUCUUAAUCCAGAUAUAGUUAAUUACAUUGAAAUAAAGGGUGGCAUCAAUUGUAGUUACAUUAACUGGAGGUCCAUUUUUCAGAAUCCUAUUUUAACAUCCUAGGGUUUGGAUACAAUGCAGUUUGCUUCUAAAUAGACAUUUAUAUGAUGGCAUAGAGCCUUUGAAUAUAGUUUUCAAACAAAACAUGUGAGAGUAUAUUUGUAAAUGUAAUGCAAAUGCAAAUAUAGCUAUAUUUAAGUUGUAUGCUUAAACAUAUCUAAGAUCACAAUAGUCAUAUAUUUUAGGCUAAAUUAAGUAUUCUAACCCUCUUUUCUUCCCCCAAAUAUUUUUCUCCGUUGCCUUUCUUCCCCCUCCGUGCCCAUUCUGAAAUGUAUUAUUAUUUGAAUAUAGAAUGCAGAACAAAAAUGUGACUAGGCUCUGAAAUGAAUUAUCUUUUUUAUACU